CAAAUCGUCCCCAAAGGCGAGGUCCGUCCCUGUUCCGACUUUUGUUGCGAAUGUUUCAAGCGCAUUUGUCCUCCCACAGGCAUGUCCUCCGUAAACAUGCUGUUUGACUGCGUCCCUCAUUGCUGUUUAGGCAAGACUACGGCAAGGAACACUAAACGCAUUGGAAACAAGCAGUCGCCAGUCAAUAUUGUGACAAAAGACGUAACGCCGGAUCCUUAUUUGAGAGACAACCCGCUGCAGUGGGAGGAUACUGGCCUGCGGGGGACGAGCAUCUCCAACAACGGUAACACAUGGCAAGUGAGCGUCAAGGCGGCGGGACCCAAUCUUCGCGGCGGACCUCUCCAGCACGACUACCAAAUGGAGAUGUUGCACGCUCACUGGGGUAAGACCAACGAUAGCGGAAGCGAGCACGCUGUCGACGGGAAGCGCUAUGCUGGCGAACUGCAUCUGGUCCAUUUCAACGCCGACAAGUGCAAGUCGUUCCUGGAGGCAGCUUCAUCUGAAGAGGGCCUCGUCGUGGUGGCUGUGUUCUUGAUAGAAGGUGCAGCUCACCCGCUGCUUAAGAGCGUCGUUGACUGCAUCCCCUACAUCAAACACAAAGGAAUGAAGUGCGUACUGCAACAGACUUUAGACGUCUCCUUGCUAAUUCCAGCCGGCAGUACUUAUUGGACCUACGAAGGCUCGCUGACGACACCGCCGUGGUACGAGAACGUCACAUGGAUUGUCUACAAGCAGCCCAUCGAAGUGUCACCCGCGCAGUUGGCAGCAUUUCGGACGCUGAUGUCGUACGAGGAGCGAGUCGAUCCGCAGAAGUCAUCCGACGGUCCUAUUGAGUGCAACGUGCGAGCCACGCAACCUCUUAAGCGACGCAUCGUGCGAGAGCCUCUGAAGAAACAGGAGGAGGCCACCCAUCUUUCGUAG